AUGAACAAUAUUGUUUUUUGGUUCAUGAGCUUAAUGGGUCCGAAUGUUGAUCGUUUCAAAGUUGGGGAUCAUGUUGGAGUGGGAACUUAUGUCAAUUCAUGCCAGGAUUGUGAGUAUUGCAAUGAAGGGAUGGAAAUUAACUGUGUGAAAGGAACAGUCUUUACGCUCAAUAGAGUGGAUACAGAUGGUACAAUCACAAAAGGAGGUUACUCUAGCUCGAUUGUUGUUCAUCAGAGGUGGAUUCCUGACAGUCUUCCCUUGCACUUAGCAGCACCGUUAUUAUGCGCUGGAGUUACUGUAUAUUCUCCCAUGGUUCGCCAUAAUAUGAAACAACCUGGUAAAAGUCUUGGAGUAGUUGGGCUUGGUGGUCUUAAACAUAUGGCUGUUAAGUUUGGUAAGGAUUUUGGACUGAAAGUUACAGUUUUUAGCACCAGUGUAUCGAAGAAAGAGGAGGCCUUGAGCGGGCUUGGUGCAGAUAAUUUUGUAAUUUCAUCUGAUGAACAACAAAUGAAGGCCCUUGCUAAAUCAUUGGACUUCAUAGUUGAUACUGCAUCUAAAGAUCACCAAUUCGAGCCAUAUUUGUGGCUUCUUAAGACAUUUGGUGCUUAUGUUCUGGUAGGCUUCCCAAAAGAAGUGAAAUUCAGUCCUGCAAGUCUUUCAGUAGGCAUGAAGACUAUCUCUGGUAGCUUAGCUGGUGGUACUAAAGUUACUCAAGAAAUGUUAGAGUUCUGUGCUGCAGAGAAAGUAUAUCCAAGUGUAGAAGUUGUUCCAAUCGAAUAUGCAAAUGAAGCUCUUGAGAGGCUCGUAAAGAGGGAUGUGAAUUAUCGUUUUGUGAUCGACAUUGAGAAUUCUUUUAAGUGA